CCCUUUCUCUCCUCCUCUGAGUGAGUCACAGGCUGCAGUGUGGAAGCAGUUCGCCUGUUGUCUCACGCUGAUCGUCUGUUUUCUGCUGCGCUUCAGAUAUCAAUGCGACCGGCGUCUUUGCAGGUUGUAAUGGAAGUCUGAUGCUGCAUUGGUGACAUGCUCUGGCCGUCCUGAGGGAAGCGAGGAGCCUUCUCUCUCUCUGCAGUGUUACGCUACAUCUGGACCGCCCUCGUGUCGUUCGGCACACAGACAAAAGUGACGCGGGCUGUUUCAGUGGUACUUUCGAACAGAUCAAGAGAGUACACGGUUGAAAGGACGGAGGAGGAAUAAAGGGAAGAAGAAGAGAAUCCGAGGAGCAGGAGAACCAGAUGCCAGAGUUGCUGAGGAUUUGCAGGACAGCAACUGAUGCAGUGAUUGUUUCAGCUCAUUUCCGGUGUUGAUCGCUCUGUACUGAAACAUCCAGACAGGGAUGGCUGUGCUGGGGUGCAGCUUGCUUGUCUUGGCGCUUUUCUGUCAAAGCCAUGGCCACAAUAUCGAAAACUUCAGGGUGAAGAGGUUUCAGGACAAUGCCUGGUCAGACCCAAAUGACUGCUCCAAUGUCAGAGAGCCUUUGGUCCUCUCCAAUCCUUACAAUUUUUCCCUGGAUAUUCGCCUACCAGGGGUGACUCCAACUGAGUCUGACAGCUAUUUCUGUAUGGCUGUUCCUGUCCCCACAUCACGGGACGCAUAUAUAGUGGACUUUGUGCCGCAUGCCAGUAUGGACACUGCCCACCACAUGCUGUUAUAUGGCUGCAAAAAACCUUAUGCCACCAAAGGCUACUGGGAUUGUGGGAAAGAGCUGGGGACGUGUCAGGAUCAGGCCAAGAUCAUGUACGCUUGGGCCAGAAACGCCCCUCCAACCAAACUACCCAAAGAUGUUGGAUAUAAAGUUGGAGCCGAUUCCAGGAUAACCUACUUUGUGCUGCAAAUUCACUAUGGUGAUGUCGGUAGUUUUAGAGAUCAUCAUAAAGACUGCUCAGGACUUACUUUAAAAAUGACUUCCAAACCACAGCCCUUUAUUGCUGGCAUGUAUCUGAUGAUGUCUGUGGACACUGUUAUCCCUCCAGGAAAGAAAGUUACUAAUGCAGACAUUGCUUGCGCAUACUCAUCGUUCCCCAUGUAUCCGUUUGCCUUCAGGACACACACACACAGCCUUGGUAAGGUUGUCAGUGGGUACAGGGUUCGAAAUGGACAGUGGACACAGAUUGGACGACAGUCUCCACUGCUGCCACAGGCUUUUUAUCCAGCGGCCAAUGCCAUUGAUGUUAAAGCUGGAGACACACUUGCUGCCCGUUGUGUCUUUACAGGAGAAGGACGAACCACAAAGACACGUAUAGGCGGCACCUCUAAUGAUGAGAUGUGUAACUUUUACAUCAUGUACUACAUGGACAACACACAUGCUGCGCCUUACAUGGACUGCAUGGACCACGGCAGUAGUGAGCUGUUCCAGAAAAUUCCUCCUGAAGCAAACGUUCCUAUUUCUGUCAGUCCAGACAACAUGAUGUCCAUGAUGCACAAGUCAGUUCCUCAUGAAGAUGUUGUGAAAGAUUUGCAGCUGCAGCAGCCCAUGAGAGAAGAAGAGGGUUUAGAUCAGGGUGACUUCUUUUCGCUUCUCUCUAAAGUGCUGGGGGAGAGAGAUGACAUUGUCCCUGUGCAUAAGUAUAACCCUGUGAAGGCUGCCCGAGCCCAGGCACGUCUGCUGGCAGAGAUUGAUAGAGUAAUGCAAAAGAAAGACAUGGGCUGGCCAUGGUUAGGCUCCAAAGCCAGAGAGGAUGCAGUUCUGGUGAGGGACAGAGUGCACAAGUUUCACCAGUUAGAGUCCACUGUCCGCCCCUCCAAGAGCGGGACAGGUGCGGCACAGGGGGAGAAACAAGGUGCAGAGAGUCAUCUGGUGGAGGUGGCAGACUGGCCUGAGGAGGAGCUGCAGUUGGGGCAGGUGGCUGGUUUGGCUCUGAACUCUGAUGAGAACCUGGUCAUCUUCCACAGAGGAGAUCACACAUGGGGAAUCAAUUCUUUCGACAGUAAUGGCAUCUACCAGCAGAAGUCUCUGGGCCCCAUUCAACAGUCCACUAUCGUGUUGUUGGAUCCAGUGAAAGGACGAGUGCUCAGAGCUUCCGGAAGAAACACGUUUUAUAUGCCACACGGAAUAACUACAGACAAGGAUGAUAAUUACUGGGUGACUGAUGUAGCGCUGCAUCAGGUUUUCAAGCUCAGCAGUGAUGGAAAAGAUCAACAGCUUCUGGUCCUCGGGGAAGCUUUCAAACCAGGAAGUGACAAAAGCCAUUUCUGCCAACCUACAGACGUGGCCGUGGACCCCGUCACUGGAAACAUUUUCAUCUCAGAUGGCUACUGCAAUUCCAGGAUCCUCAAAUUCUCACCCGAGGGCAGAUAUAUUACACACUGGGGGGCAGGCUUCUCAGACAGAAGACGGCGCGUCCCAUUCUGGAUCCCACACAGCCUGACUUUCCUGCCGGAUAAACGGGAGCUGUGUGUGGCCGACCGGGACAAUGGACGGAUUCAGUGCUUCAUGGCAGAGACCGGCGAGUUUGUGAAGGAGAUUAAAAAAGACGAGUUUGGAGGAGAAGUGUUUGCCAUUGCAUACUCGCCUUUGCAAGGUGGUCUCAUCUACGCGGUGAACGGAGAGACUACAUAUGGACGGGCUGCUCCCCUCCGAGGCUUUGUGAUCAGUUAUUCAACUAAGGAAAUCCUGGAUUCAUUCAGUCCAGACACACAGGAAUUUAAAUUACCACAUGAUAUUGUAGUGACAUCGGAUGGGAGUUGCUUCGUUGGAGAUGCAGGCUCUGAUUCUGUGAUGAAGUUUGUUCAGUCUGAGAAGACAGAACACCGCUCUGUUAAAAAAGGUGGAAUUGAGGUCCAGGAAAUUGAAGAAACCGAAACAUUUGUGCAGGCCAAUAUAAAGCCAUUACCGAAGUCUCCAGUGCAGUCUUCAGAGGUAAAUGUUCCGAAAAUCCAGGAGGUGCCUCCUAAACAGCAUCAACAGUCGCUGGAAUCUCCUAAAGAGGAGGAGAAACCACAGACGGUGACCAAUCAGAGUGCUCAGGGCAUGUCCCCCGCUGUCAUCACCGCUCUACUGCUCGUACCAUUGGUUGCUGUUAUCGCUGUUGCCGUCUUUAUCCGCUGGAGAAAGAGCCACAUGUACAGAGAUGAUUGUGAUGUGAAGUUGGAACCGUCAGGAUCAACAGGGGGAAUCUUGGGUAAACUAAGAGGCAAAGCGGCGGGUACCUUGAACCUGGGAAACUUCUUCGCCACCCACAAAGGCUACACUCGACACGGCUUCGACAGGCUCAGCACCGAAGGAAGCGACCUGGAGAAAGACGACGAGGAUGCUACGGACUCUGAGAACGAAGAGUACUCGGCUCCGCCUCCUCCCAUGUCGCUGCCCUAACAAGCAUCUUUCCGUGAAAGCUGACAGGUGUUCCCACUGGCGCCGUCAAGAUGUACUUUAAUCAUUUAUGUAAUAGUUUGUAUCAGCUGCCGAUACAUUUCAUUUUGCGAAAAUGUCCCCUGAGACCUACGACUGCCACUUUAAUUUAUGAUUUUUUUUAGACACCAUGUAGAAACGCGAAGCACUGGUCAUUUUGAGUAUAAAGACGUUCAUUUUUAACAGAGCGGUAAAGGUAGAAUAUUUAUUUUAUUUUAUUUGAAUAAUGAACGGUUUGUUGAUCUCUUCAGAUCGUUUAUCAGUCUAACAAUAAGCAUUACGGUGUAUAACCAAUUCAGGCAUUUGUUUCAUACCAGUUUGUUUUUCUGUACGGUUGUGCCUUUUUGGACUAUGUAUUUCGCCUUCCGCAGCACCUAUAUAUUACUACAAAUGUGCCACAUAUUUACAAGCUGCUAUUGUCACCUGUGAUUUAAGUUCUGUUUUGCUGCAUUCGAUUAAAAAGAGAAAAAGACGACUUAUUUAAGGCUGUAUUUACUAAGUUUUCAGAGCUAAUGUGAGGUGUCUGAUAUUUGUUGUGACAUACUGAGGUUUUAUUGCAAGAUAACUAUUUUCAGUAACAAUGUUAUUUGUGUAAUAAAGUGUUUGCAAAGCA